AUGAAGCCAUUCCCAAGGAGCUUGUCCUUUUUUUUCCUCAUUCUGACGUUUUUUCUGUUCCUCUUUAAGUAUGGCUUGGUUAAUGGACUGUACGAAACGAAGGCGUACCCGCUGAUUCACCUAAUGACAAACAGGAACGUGUAUGUUGGGUCCAGCAAUUAUAUGAUUAAAAGCAAUUUGAUAAACAUACUGACCCUUUACAAAGACGUCAAAUUUGAAAGAGACAAUUCCACGAUAGAUGAUCUCCUAGAGGUGGAUGACGAAACAAAGAUUGAAAGGCUGGUGAAGGAAAAAAUGCAGACCAUCAGUAAGUAUGUCAACUCACGACAGCUGGUUAAGUAUUCUGGGAUUAUAUACUUGUACGAAAUUCUGCAUGCUAACAAUUUUUAUUUCUUGCUCCACUUUAUUUCGAGAAAUAAUAACAAUGGCGUGGUGAUAGUGGUGCCGGAGGAUUUGUACAUAGAAAGGGAGGAGUACCUGCGAGUUAACGGGCUGGCGUUCGGGAGUGGCGGCACCACUGAUAGUGGAACUGCUAACCGGAGCAUCGAUGACCAAAGCAGCGCCAACCUCAUCAGCGAUGAUCUUCUGGAGAGGCGAAUUCUGUUCACCCAAUCGUUCCUGCUAAAAUUUAAACUAAACCAAUCGGUCUAUUUCGUAAAAAACAACAAGGAGGUGGAGCGCAUUUACCAAAACUACAAGGCCAAGUUUGGCUUCUUCGACUUAACCAGAAAUGUGAGCAUCAUGCCACUGUCGAAAAAUCAACACAGAAACAAAAUAAGUGCGAAAAACGUCUUCUACUUUCUAAGUAAAGAUAAUAUUCACAUUAACUCCCUCUUUAGUAAGAUCCAGAAUAGUGAAACCUUUCUCUUUACGAAAAGGAAAACAAUCGUCAUUGCGGUGGAUUACAACGUCUUUAACAUUAUAAGUUCGCACCCCUCCCAUAGCACAGCGACAAAUACACGGGUGAUUGCCAUGACGGAAUUAAUAAAAUUAUUUUCCCAUGUUUACAAAAAUGAGGACGUCAACUACAACAUCCUAUUCUUAUUCGCCAACUAUUAUUUUGGCGUAGAUAAUUUUCUUGAUUCGAUGAACAUCAUAUUUAGGGAAAACAUCGAGUUCGUUUUAACUCUGGACAGUCUGAACGAUGUGAAUUUUUUUAUUCACCAAAGUAAGAAGUUACCACCGGAUCAUGUGCAGCGUUUUUACGAUAUACUGAAAGGAGUGGUGAUGAAAAAUCUGCAAAUGGAGAUCCAAUUGAGGGGAGAAAAAAUAAAAACGCAUAGCAAACAUCUGCCAAGGUUGCAUGAAUAUUUCGAAUUAAAAAAUAUAGACAGCUUUACGUUAAGCGCAAAAGAGCAGAUGUUAAGCUUUAUUUAUAAGACACCCUUGAUAGAGAAGAAGAUAAAACCAGACCAGGUGUCGGCGCAUAUCAGAAAUAUAUUCGAGGCGUUGUAUGUGUAUGUAAAAUCAUCCAAGGAGGAAAAUUCAAAUCAAAGGGACAUGCACAAUGAUGUGCGUAGGUAUACCUACCAGAUGAUAGCCACUGAAGAAAUUAUCCACCUAAAUGAAAGCCUUAACAAAUUUAUGAAGUUUUUUGUGUACCAGGACGAGGUGGGGAAGUUCAUUAAUCACAUAAAGAUGAUUGUCAAUCCGUUUGUCACCGACUCCAAUUUUCUCAUCACGGAUUAUAAAAUCUCACACGAUAAGGGGCAGAAAUAUUUUUAUCAAAAGAAUGCCAUCAUCACCUUUUCCAUGGCCAUUUCCUACAUCUUCCACUACCUCCAUUUUUUGUUGGUCGCCCUCUUUUUAGCACUUGUCUACAUUUUUGUUAAUUUCCACGCUGUCCCCUCGUUUUACAAAGCGAAGGUUGCGUAG